GAAAACGAACACCAGCGAACACGUUGGAACACGUAUGUAAAUACAACAUAACAUAUGUGUUGAAUGCAUUAGUUUUCUUUGUAUUUAUGAAAAAUAAAACUACACAACUUUAAAUUUGUUUUAUAAUGAAAAUUAGAAAUUUAUUUUUAUAAAGAUAUAAUUAUUAUCAAAUACCUAAAUAAUAGCCAUGGAGAAAUUAGUGAAAGCAAUAAACGAAAAUAAUUUCGAAUUUCAGUUUAUUGGAAUUAUCGUAGCUGUAUUUUGUGUCAUAUUAACACUUGUUUUAGUUACUUUAUGGCGAAGAAGAAAGUCUGCUGGAAACAGUAUACUUAUAACAGGUCUCAGUGAUGCUGGAAAAACAAUACUUUUUUCACGUUUAUUGAAUUCUAAAUUUAUUUCUACUUAUACGUCAGUUAAAGAGAAUACAGGCAAUAUCUACAUAAAUAACCAUUCUUUGCGAAUUGUAGAUAUUCCUGGACAUGAAAGAUUGAGAUACAAAUAUUUUGACAAAUAUAAAUCUUCAGCUCGUGCUUUAGUUUAUGUGAUUGAUGCAGUUACAUUGCAAAAGGAUAUUCGAGAUGUUGCAGAGUUUUUAUAUAGUUUGUUAUCAAUUAUAAGUAUUCAAAGGCACAUUCCUAUACUUGUAUUGUGCAAUAAACAAGAUCAAACGAUGGCGAAGGGAUGUGGAGUUAUCAAAACUCUUCUUGAGAAGGAAAUAAAUUUGCUUCGCUUAACGAAAUCCAGUCAAUUGGAAGCAAUUGACGAUUCAUCUUCGAAUACUUUUCUUGGAAAAAAUGGAGUUGAUUUCGAAUUUAAUCAUCUCAAUAUGAAUGUCCAAUUUGCUGAAAGUAGUGCGUACAACAAAGAUUCGGAUUCAAUUGCUGAUAUUGAAGAGUUGAGUGUGUGGUUAAAGAAAAUCGUCUAAGUUAUUGCUGUGAAUAAUGUAAUCAAUUUUUUAUUUUAUAAUAAAGAAUUUUCUUGUUUUUA